GAUUCGAAGCGCCUUCCCGCCAGCCUUCCCCGCCAAAUCCUUCCCUUACGACGCAACCCUCCGGCGCUUCAAAAUGCCUUCUCCUCCAAGAAGCGCCAUUCCUUCCCACCCCUCUCGGCAUGGACAUCUCCUCCAUCGCUGCGCGGCUCGGCCUUGCCGACUCCAAGUCCCUAGUGCGGAAGGCCGAGGAGCUCCGCCGCCUCUCCGACGUCCAGUUCGACUCCUCCAUCAUCGGCGUCGGCGAGGUCACGAAAGCCAUUAUUUGUCUGGAGAUCGCGGCGUCCAAGUUUCAGGUGCUAUUCGAUCGACAGAGUGCAAUUCGGAUGAGUGGGAUGUCGGAGAAGGCUUACAUGAGGUCCUUCAAUGCAAUGCAGAAUGGUCUUGGGGUCAAGGCGAGUUUGGAUGUCCGUGAACUCGGGAUUCAGUUUGGCUGUGUUAGGCUCAUACCUUUUGUGCGAAAGGGAUUGUCUCUGUAUAAGGAACGUUUUCUAGCUGCACUACCUCCCUCUCGCCGGGCAAAUACUGAUUUUAACCGGCCUGUAUUUACAGCAGUUGCAUUCUAUUUAUGUGCUAAAAGGCAUAAGCUUAAAGUUGACAAGCUGAAGCUUAUUGAGGUAUGUGGAACUUCCGAGUCAGAAUUUUCCACUGUUUCAACUUCUAUGAACGACCUUUGCUUCGAUGUGUUUGGGAUUUCAAAGGAAAAGAAAAAUCCCAAGGCUAUAAAAGGCCAUCGAGAACUUUUGGAUCCCUUGCCCGGCAAAAGGAGACGCGAGGAUGAUGGUGAUGCAUCUGAUGAUUCUUCUAUAGAUGAUCAAUAUGAAUUGGAGCUUCCGAGCUACAAGAGGCACAAAAAAAUGGAGAAACAAGCCUAUGAGGAGUGGAAGUCCUCUGUCAUUUCUUCUAACAACCAAAACAAAAAAACUGCUCCCCUGAAGCCAAUGAAGCAAGCGCGACUCAGCUUCACCAAGAAAUCCCCCAACUCGAUAGCAUUAGAAGCUUCAUAAGUUUGCAACUCAACUUCACCAAGAAAUCCCCCAAUUCAAUUGCAUUAGAAGCUUCAUGAUAUUGCAAGCUUCAUAUUUGAUUUCUGAAGAGUUCAUUGGCUUCUGAACAUCAGCUUAUUGUGACUUAAUAGUAGGAUUAUACUUGGCUCCAAAAUACUAAGUGGAUGCUAUUGGUUGCAACUCAAUAGCAUUAGAAGUUUUAUGAGAUUGCAAGCUUCAUAUUUGAUUUUGGAAGAGUUCAGUGGCUUCAUAACAUCAGCCUAUUGUCGAUUAUUUGUUUUCCUUGAUUUUGUUUGUCACUUUUUAUAUCGAGAAUACUCUCCUAUGUAUCUUCUCCUGAACUCCACUAUCUAGAUGACUCAAUGUUCUAUGUUUUUAGUUUCAUAAACACCAUGAAUUAUUGUUCUUUUAAAUGUAUAGCUAUUAACCAUAACAUA